GCAAGCAUAUUGUCUGGCACCACAAAGAACUGAAAAAUGAGGAGAUUAAUGGUCCUGCUGCUUGCCAUCUCAAUGAAUUAUGCAGAUGAGAGAGGUAAACCAUACCAAAAGGAUAAAGUAUGCCAAGAAUUACAGAUAUUGGGAAAAGACAAGUUUUCUUCAAUAGCUCUCAUCAUGAACAGCAGGAAGUAUUCCAAUGCAACUUUUGAAGAAAUAGGCCAUUUAGUGACGGCAAUAGUCUCUCUUGCAGAAACCUGCUGUGCUAAAGAAGCUGCUGCUGAUUGCUAUGACAAAAAGGCAAAUGCUUUGUCUGCUCAGUCUUGUGACCCAAAGUCUCCAUUUCCAAAACAUCCUGGUGUUGAACGAUGUUGUGUUCACAAAGGUUUAGAGAGAAAGCUGUGCUUAGCAGAUCUGAAGCAGCCUCCAAAAGAGUUUCCAACAUACACUGAACCAUCCAAUGAAAAGUUGUGUGAAUCUUUCAAAGAAAACGCUCAAGUGUUUUCAUCCAGAUUUCUCUAUGAUUACUCUAGCAAUUAUGCUCAAACUCCUUUCCUUGUGGUGGUAAAUUCCACUGAAAAAUAUUUAAAGAUGAUAAUAGAAUGCUGCACUAAACCAAGACAAACACAAUGCUUUCUGAAACAGAGACUUCAGAUCAGACCAGUUCACUUACUGACCGUGAUGUCUAAUAGACUGUGUGGACGCUAUAACAGUUACGGAGAGGAAAAUUUUAAAAUUGGUGCAUCAAUAAGAUUAAGCCAAAAAAUACCAUCAGCAGAGCUGAAAGAGGUGAUGCCUUUGGUUGAACAGUGUGGAAAGAUCCUUGCUAAGUGCUGCAAUACCUUAACUGAUGACUGCAUGGAGAAUGAGCUGUCAGUGCACGUCCAACAAAUCUGCAAGAAGUUUUCCUCAAAAGAAGCCAAAGUGGCUGAAUGCUGCAAAAAAUCUUCUAUUGAAAUACUUCUUUGCCUGUACUCGUUGCCAUCUGCUGAACCUGUCCAGCUACCAACCCUUCACUGGCCAUCAAGUGAUCAGCUCUGCAAGAAAGGAAAGAAUCAGGAGAUUAUAAAAUACAUACUUGAACUGGCACGCAGAAACACAAAAAUGCCAAUAUUGUUUAUCAAUAAGCUUCAUGAUUCCUUCGCAGAGCUUGUAAAUGGAUGUUGUUUUUCCCAAACACCUGACGUCUGCCUGGAAAGCAAGAAAUCACAGCUCAAUGAGGAAAUGAAUAGAUAUAUCAGCCAGGCAACUGAAUUGUGUGCCGAUUACCAUAAAUACCCUUUCCUAGAAUUCAAGGAAAAGCUGAGCAAAGCUCUCAGCAGGAAAGUUCCUAAACUAUCCACAAGCCAAGUGGAGGAGAUGGUGGAAGCACGCUCAAGCCUAGCAUCAACAUGCUGUUUAAUUAAUGCUCCUCCAGUUUACUGCAGGGAGAUGAUUAACAAGUUUCUGAACAACAUAUGCCUUCAGGAAUCAUGCCUCCUACAAUAGAUAAUAAAGCUGCAGAAGUAUUAAGCAUUGCAAGAUGACGCCUUGAAGGAAAAUAUUUAUACAUAAUGCGAAGUGCAAUAUCAUAUACAGGAAUAUGAUUUCCCCACAAUAAUAUCUAAGCACAAGGUUGCAGUAGGAAUGACCAUUGUGUCGUCUAUCAACUCAUUUGAUAUUACAGAGAUUUUAAAAUAUUACUUAACAAGAGAACAAUGGAGCUAUUUUACCUUCCCCUAAGCCUGUUUCUUAUUUUUACAGCAGUUUUAUUUUCUCUGAAUCCUUUCCCUAAAGUUUAAUUUUUAACAUAAAAUAAAGUCUUUAUAC